AACUGAUGGCCUAGUGGGAGGAGUAAAAGCAAAUGAGCUGUAGCUGCAGGGGCUGCAGGGGCCCGGAAAACUUAAGGCAACAGGACGAACUCUCUGCAGCUAGAGUGGAUCUCAGGCUCAGGCGGGGUGGCAGGGACAGGGUCCUAGCUAGGAUGUGAAAGCUCACCCGGGCCACGGGAGUCACGUGAGGCGGCCUGCAAAACUCAGCCAGGUCAGAGCAUCGCAGUGACGGGAGACACAGGCCCAGAGCCUGGGGAAAUAGCAGUGGGAGACACAUACCUAAGCUGUUGUCUUUUAUUCCAUUGUUGACAUGCAGUGAUGUAGCUAUGGACUUCUCCCUGGAGGAGGUGGAAUACUUAGAUCCUGCCCAGAGAGCUUUGUACAAAACCCUGAUGAUAGAGAACUACAGCAGUCUGAUUUCUGUGGGUCUUACACUGAUGAGCCACACCUCGUCACCUGUCUGGAGCAACACAAAGAGCCUUGGAAAGUGAGGAGGAGGAAGUAACAAGGUAAAGCCUGGAGAGAUGGCUCAGCAGUUAGCAUUUGUUGCUUUCAGAGGACCAGGGUUCAGUUCCAGUACCCACACGGCCCCCCACAAGCAGGGGAUCCAGCACCCUCUUCUGAACGCCAGAGGCACCAGGAGCAGAAGAGGUCCUGUCGUUGUUCCUCACACAAAAAGCUGAGAGAAGAGAGCAACAGGGAGAAAUGGAUGGUCCUGUGGUAAACACAUCUCAGGGUCUCUUGACAUUCAGGGAUGUGGCUGUGGACUUCUCCCAGGAGGAGUGGGAAUGUCUGGACUCUGUUCAGAGGGCUUUGUACAUUGAUGUGAUGUUGGAGAAUUACAGCAAUCUGGUCUCUGUGGAGAACUAUUGCAUGUGUGCUAUUGUCCAUCAACAUGUGGAGAGUGAAGAGAAGUAUUCUAAAUGCAAUGAGCUUGGCAAAAUGCUUCAUGAAUCCACAAGAUGCACAGUUUAUAAAACAAGUAACACUACAGAAAGCCCGAAUAACUUUAGCUGUGACUAUAGUCACAAGGAUGCCUCGAUUCAGUCAUCAAACCUAAAUAGAUAUAAAAGCAUACACGCUACAGAAGAACCUCAAAAAUAUAAAAACUCAUCAUUUGCCUCUACCUACAAACUUAUGCAACAAGCAAUCUGUAUUGGAGAGAAACCACACAAAUUUAGGAAGUGUGAAGAAUGCUUUGGUUCCUGCUCAAGUCUCACUGAAUAUCCAAAAAUUCAUAUUGAAAAAAAACUGUAUAGAUGUGAUGUUUGUGACAAAUCUUUUACCCAUUGUUCAAAUCUUAGAACACAUAGAAAAAUUCAUACCGGAGAGAAACCUUAUAGAUGCAAAGAAUGUGGUAAGUCUUUUCUUCAGUUGUCAGCUCUUAAAAGCCAUUGCAUUGUCCAUACUGGAGAGAAGCCUUACAAAUGUCAGGAAUGUGACAAAUCCUUUGCCCACUGUUCCACUUUCAGGAGACAUAAGAAAAUCCACACUGCUGAGGAACUUUAUAGUUGUCAAGAAUGUGGCAAGGUGUUCUAUCAGUUGCUAUACCUUAAAAGCCAUUACAGAACCCAUAUUGGUGAGAAGCCUUACAAAUGCAACGAGUGUGAUAGAUCAUUUAUUCACUGUUCAUCUUUUAGAAAGCACCAGAAAAUACAUUCUGUAGAGAAACUGUACAUGUGCAAAGAAUGCGGUAAGUCUUUCCUUGAAUUGUCACAUCUUAAAAGGCAUUACAGAACCCAUACUGGAGAGAAGCCUUAUAAAUGUGAAGUAUGUGACAAAUCCUUUACCACGAACUCAAUUCUGAAAACACAUCAGAAAAUUCAUUCUGGAGAGAAACCUUACAAAUGCAAAGACUGUGACAAAUCCUUUACCCAGCAUUCGAAUCUUAGAAGGCAUCAGAGAAUUCAUACUGGAGAGAAGCCUUACAAAUGUCAGGAAUGUGACAAAUAUUUUACCCGGUUCUCAACUCUUAGAAGACAUCAGAAGAUUCACACUGGGGAUAAAAACACUAUUGGGCUCCUAGAGCCUUCCUGUCCAACAUCUUCUUGGGAAUUAAUCUGCUCACAGCAGUGGGUUUUUACACAAAUAUAUGGCAGUCUGGGAACACUUGCUUUUAUUAGAUGCAAUUGUAUGUCUCUCGGGUGGGAGUGAUAGCUUGGCAUUAAGAAGAUUUGUGGCUGUUCUGGAAGAUUGAGACUCAAGUGUCAACCCCAAAUGGUGCAUAAUAAUCAGACCAUUUAUCACUCCAGAUCCAGGAAAUCUGACACUACUCUUGAUGCUUCUCCUGGCACUGCCAAAUGUGGCGCACUUGCCUGCAGGCAGAACACUCAUAGAAGAAAAGAAAUCUGUUGUUUAAGGUUUCUAUGCAGAUGACGGGAGAGCCGUUUGAUGAAACGAGAAGAUUGAUGUUCUUCCUCCUUACAAGUCUUCGUUUGAGAAACACUUUAAUGAGACUUGCUUUGCUGAGCACCGCAAGCAAUUGUAGCCUCAUCAGAUGCUACACCUGUUUCAAAAUAAGAGCCACCACCUCCAACUAGCACCCUUAACUUCCAAUAGACACCUGGCUAAGGGUGACAGCCUUAUGGGUCCCUACAACCAUGUAAAAUAUUGAUGGGCCCUGUAUUGUGAAGCCUUGUGCAGAUGAUCACAUCAACAGAAUAACAGCUAUCUUGUGGCCAGAGGCUUUUUUUCAGUGUACUCCUCCCCAACUCCUAGCUCUUGCUUCUCUAGUUUUUCAACUCUUUCACAGUGGCUGCUGAACUUUGGAAGGGGCAGUUCAGUGGUUCCACCUGGCACAGAGUCUUCCAGCAUCAUUUAUUCCAGUUUGGAGUUUCUGCAUUACCCGGUAUCUACUGAACUAAGAAGCAAAAUAUUUAACUUUAAAGAUGAAAAUUUAAGAGGGUGGUUGACAUGUGAUUUUGAGCACAAUAGCUAUACUGUGUCCCCCUAGUCCCUAUGAACUUUCAUGCACCAUAUUCUUGACCAGGUUUUCAGAACCAGGCAUGUGUUUUCUCUUUGAAGGGAUCUUUAAGUUCAGUCAAUAAAGUGGUUAACUACUGUAUUAGUUAAAUGGUAGGGAGGUAUGGCAGCUGGGAUAGGAGAAAUGACACCUUCAAUAGCGAGCAAAUAGACAGAAGUGUGAGUGACUAAAGGACUCCCCACCUCUUAAAGCUUUCCCCCAGUGAUGUACUUUCUCCAGUAAAGCCACACUCCCUUAGCCUCCCAAAACAGUGCUACCAACUGGGGACUAAGUGUCCAAAUAUGAGUCUAUGCCAAUCUCAUUCAAAUCAGUGAAAUUAUCCUCCCAGCAGUUAUGCUAACAUUACACCACACAGGUCACAUGUCAAGUCAUUACAGUACCCGGAUGGAUUAAAAAAUGGGAGAAACUAAGACGGCCGUUGGUGGCGCACGCCUUUAUUCCCAGCACUCGGGAGGCAGAGACAGGCAGAUCUCUGUGAGUUCGGGGCCAGCCUGGUCUCCAGAGUGAGUGCCAGGAUAGGCUCCAAAGCUACACAGAGAAAGCCUGUCUCAACCCCACCCCCCAAAAUGGGAGAAACUAUUGAUCACUCUUCACUAGCAGUCAGUACAACACCUUUAAUCACAGGCUCUCCCACCCGCCUUUUUUCAAUUUAUCACCAGUAGGGUUCAAUUAGUGCUGGCCAUAUGAUUAUGUCUGUUGGGGCACUGUGUUCAUUAGCUGUUUUGUUUUUUGGUUUUGUUUUUGAACUUGAGGUAAGUACUCUACUAUUGUGGUGUGCAUAUAAAUCACACAAGAGACAUAUUAAAAUUGGAGGAAAAAUAGAUUAAUGACCACAAAGCAUAAUUUAAGGUGAUAGCAUUAUGUUCAGUCUUUAAAAUGAUCCUUGUUUCUAUUUGAAAACUAAAGUAUCUUGGGUGAUAAACUCUUUGGAAAAGCAUAGAAUUUAGACUUAUCUUAAAAUUAACAUGUAUGAAAGGAAAAUAGAAAAGCAUUCUAUAGUUUGAGUUAUGAAUGUACAGGAUAUGGAAAACUUAGUCCCCAUUACAUUGUUAUGAUAUGACAAUACAAAUGAAAUAGCAAUUGAAAAUGAAUGUUGUAGGUGACAAUGCCAAGUUUUACUAUUAAAACAUUGCUCUGCCUAGGUUA